AUGCCUCCGCUCGUGUCCCGCAACCGGGGGAUGACCAAGAACCCGGUCAGGCCAGGUCGCUAUCGCCCAGGAAAGCCACUUGUAGAAGAGUCGUCUUCAUCCGAGGAGGAAGAGGAUGAUGUAGAAGCGCAAAGGGAACAAGAACGAGUACACGCCGAGGCUCAGCGCCGGAAACAGCAACCUCCCAAGGCGUCCUCGUUUCCUGCCGCAGCAGCUCCUCAAGUCCAAGAAGAUGAUUCAGACGAGGAGGGAUUCGUGACUGAUGAAGAAGAGGCACCACCAGCACCAGAAAGACCUGCAUUACCCGCAGAGGCGCAACCACAAACGACUGCCCCGAAACCAGGUCCGGCGGUAGCAUCAGAAGAAAGCGAGGAGGAAGAAGAAGAGGACGAAGAAGAGAGUUCAGAAGAAGAAAGCAGCUCAGAAGACGAGGCACCCCGGGUCCGGGUACGACCUACAUUCGUGAAGAAGAGCCAGCGGGGGAAUGCGGCAGGUCAAAACGCCAAUCAGGCACAGGCACCGCUGGCAGCAGCAGACUCCGCCGCCGAAAGUGAAGCACGCCGCGCUCAACGACAAGAAAAGGCCGACCAGCUCGUCCGCGAACAAAUAGAGAAAGCCGCCAUUGCGCGCGCGGAAGGGAACCGGGCCUGGGACGACGACGAACUGGUACAAGCGGACGAAGAAGAAGAAAUCGACGACCGCGACGGCAUUGACCCAGAAGGCGAAUACGCCGCCUGGAAGCUCCGAGAGUUCAAGCGCCUGAAGCGCGAGCGUGAGGCUAUCGAACAGGCCGAGAAAGAGCGUGAGGAAGUGGAGCGCCGCCGCAAUCUCACAGCUGAAGAGCGAGAGCGGGAAGAUCAGGAAUUUAUCGCCAAGCAGAAGGCUGAGCGCGAAGCCAAUCGCGGCGAAACGGGGUUCAUGCAACGGUACUUCCACAAGGGAGCGUUCUACCGCGACGAUCUCGAGAAAGAAGGACUCGAUCAACGGAAUGUCAUGGGCCGACGGUUCGUGGACGAAGUGGCUACCGAGACGCUGCCCCAGUACAUGCAAGUGCGUGACAUGACCAAGCUUGGUAAGAAGGGACGCACGCGGUACCGCGAUCUCAAGACGGAGGAUACUGGCCGUUUCGGCGAGGGCUACCAGAAUAAGCGUCGGCCGAAUGGUCCGCCCAUUGGGAUUACAGAUGAGCGUUUUAUGCCUGAUCAGCCUGGUGACCGUGGCUCAGGCCCUUCCGGGCCUACGGGUGCGAAUGCAAGCAUUGUACAAUCGCGCCGCAGGUCACGGUCACGAUCCCCGCGAUACGAUCGACGUGGAUAUCGGGACGAUCGAAGUCGUUCGCGAGAACGGCGGAAGCGCAGUCCAUCGCCAUACGACGAUCGAGAGAAACGGCGAAGAGUGGAUAGUACUUAG